AUUUUAUAUGGGAAACAGUAUAAUUAUAAAAUUAUUCAGAUAUUUGUGGAUUAGAGGAAGAAAAGAAACAUGUUUUACAUCCAGAAUCAAAAAUAAUCAUAACUAGAACAAUUAAUUCAACUACUAUUUCAAUUAUUCAGGCAGACAUUGCUGAAGAUUUAGCAGAUGUUCUUGGUACAAAUUAUAAUUCAUUUUAGUGAAUGCAUCUCAUGAACCAGCAUGGUCUUAUCUAGCAAAAAGGUACAGUUUUAAAUAUUUCAUUAUAAAGAGAUAAGAAUAAAAAUGCUAAUGAGCUUACCCAAUAAAGUAUAUUUAAAAAUAUUAAAUAAUAGUGAAAAUAGGAGACAUGGUAAAAACAAAAAGUGAAAAUGUUAAUUCUCUAGAAAUCUAUCAUAUACGUUUACCUUAUUAUUAAGUAAGUUAAUUAUUUAUUAUCAAGGAUACUAGAGAUUUAUAAUUAAUAUUUUAGAGUUAUCAAUUAUGUUUAAGAUAAAAGGGAUAUCAUUCAAUAUCAUUUACUGAGUAGAAUUCCCCUAACUUUUCUAUUCCAAAACAAUUUCAUGCAGAAGUUCUCAUUAGAGCUAUCUUAUAGUUAAUAAAUCAUUUAUUUUACUUAGAUCAAUAAAUGAUGACGAAAUUACUUUUGAGCAGAUUAAAUUUGUUAGUUUAGAUUAAAUCACUUUAAAGUAUUUUGCAUAUGAAUUAAUGAAAUUGUUAGAUGAGUUUAGAAUUCCAGAAUUGUAUAAGUUUCGUUAAUAAUAAUUUCUCAAUUACUUAUGUAAUUUAUUAUUCAUUCUAUCUAUUUAGAAAAUACUGAAGAAUUAAAACAAGAAGUAUACUUAUUAAGUUCUGGAAUCACUACUGAGGUAGAAUAGGCAGAUGGAUAAUAAUGA